AUGGCUAUGUCUAUUGAUGAUAUUAAAGCUACUGCAAAGAAAAUUACAUCUUCAAAUGAAAGAACUCACUAUAAUAGCAUUAUUACUCUGUUGAAUGAAUUUGAAUACGAUCAAGCAUCAUUUCAGGAUAAUGAACUUGUGGAACAGAAAUUAAGAUUUCUAGUAGUGGCUUUGUUCCAAAUAUUUAAAAAAAUGUUUGCUCGUAAUGAUUUAUCAAUGAGUACCAAACGUCCAGGUGCAAAUAACAACACUGCUACUGUACCAUUAGCUAAAUUUAAUGAAUGGUGUAGGAAAAUAUAUAUCAGCUUUAAAAUGAAAUUGUUGGCCACUAUUGGUAAUUUGACUAUAGAGACCUCGUUGGCUCUGGAUUGUCUAGAUCUUUACAUGCAAUUAUUAGAACUGGAAUCCGUACAUUUUGCAUCAAAGAAAGACGCCGCAUUCUUCCCAAAUAAAACUUUAAAGGCUUUAAUUGUAGCAUUAUGGAAAUCUAAUAUCAAUGAAAAUGAAAUCGAUCCAUCGAAUGGUCAAUCGGCAAAUUAUAUCUUAUUGGAAUUCUUGGAAAAGUACUAUAAACCAUUUGUUGAUAUUCAAUAUUAUUUCCAAUCGGAGUUCAAUUUAUUGUUGGAAGAUAAGGAUUCUUCUACCAGUACUACAGAACAAUACACUUCAAUGAAGAGUGCCGCCAAGUGGGUGACUUUAAUGAAUCAUGAUAGUCACAUGGAUUCUACUACUGAAGAACUAGAAGUGUUUGUAUCAAAUCCACCACAAGCCAUUGAAAAUGAAUCUAAAUUUAAAUCAUUGCUUGAGAAAAAUUGGUGUGCUAUACUUAAUGGCGAAUUAUCUUUACAAUUAUACAAGACCAUCCUAACUGUUUUACAUAAAAGAAUAAUCCCACAUUUCCAUACACCAACAAAACUAAUGGAUUUCUUAACCGAUUCUUAUAAUUUAUCUAACGACGAUAUGGAUCAAAAUGGUAUCAUUCCUAUAUUAGCUUUGAAUGGGUUAUUCGAACUGAUGGUGAAAAACAACUUGGAAUAUCCAAACUUUUAUCAGAAAUUGUAUCAAUUAUUGACCCCUCAACUAAUGCAUGUCAAAUAUAGGCCUAGAUUCUUUAGACUGAUGGAUGUAUUCUUAGCGUCAACUCAUGUGUCUGUCCACUUGGUAGCGUCAUUCAUUAAGAGACUCGCAAGAUUGAGUCUUUCAGCACCUCCUUCUGCAAUCGUCAUAGUGAUUCCAUUCAUAUACAACCUGUUGAAGAAACAUCCAAAUUGUAUGAUUAUGAUCCAUAAUCCAAAAUAUUUAUAUGAUCCUUUUCAAACACCAGAACAACAAAACGAAUUGAAAUUGGCUAAAAGUCAAUACGAGGACCCGUUUAAUAUGGAAGAACAAGAUCCAGAAUCUACAAACGCAUUUGGUUCCUCGUUGUGGGAAAUGGAUACAUUGACACAACAUUACCAUCCAAACGUAGCGUCGUUAGCUAAAGUGUUUAGCCAACCGUUCAAGAAGAUGAAUUAUAACAUGGAAGAUUUCUUGGAUUGGGGUUAUGAUUCCCUAUUGGCUGCAGAAUCAUCAAGAAAAUUAAAGAUCCUACCUGUUUUAGAAUAUGAAACAUUCGAUUCGAUCUUGGCAAACGAGACCAUUGACCAAAAAGAAGAAGAGGAUACCCCUGAUAAAUCGGUUUAUUUAUCGAGCGUCUCAUGGUAA